GAAGUUCGUAGAAUUAUGGAUCGAUAGAAAAUAAGAAGCAAUAGAAAAUAAAAAGCAAUAGAACGUACUCGCCGAACAAUCGCGUUGUUAAAGAGAAAAAAUGGAUUUCAAUGUAAAGAAAUUGGUUAAAGAUGCUGGUGCUGCACUAAGCAGAGUUGUACAGCUAACAGAAGAAACAUUAGGUACAUCUGAGAAAACUGAAUUAGAUGCACAUUUAGAACAUCUUGCAGAAAGAGCAAAUGCAACUAAAACAUGGACAGAAAAAGUUCUUAGGAAUAUGGAAGCUGUACUUACUCCUAAUCCAGGAAAUAGAAUUGAGGAUUUCUUUUAUGAAAAAAUUGAUAAAAAGAAACCUAAUAGGCUGAGCAAUCUUGAAUAUGUAGGUAUUGACAUGAUAGAAGCUGGAAAUGAUUUUGGUCCUGGCAUUGCCUAUGGUAGUGCUUUGAUAAAAGUGGGUCAGUGUCAACAAAAGCUGGGACAAAUUGAAAGAGAUUUUAUUGGAAUAGCGGCUAAUUGUUAUAUACAACCACUAAGAAAGUUUCUAGAUGGGGAAAUGAAAACUGUUAGUAAAGAGAUGGCUAUUUUAGAAACCAAAAGGUUGGAUUUAGAUGCAUGUAAAAAUCGAGUAAGGAAAGCCAGGAGUAUGCUGGGUCAACAGAGUGACUCUGGCGUUUCACCCGAAGUAUUACUUGAUCAGGCAGAGAGGGAGCUGAGGGUGGCACAAUCGGAAUUUGAUCGACAGGCAGAGAUCGUCAAGCUACUUUUAGAAGGAGUAUCAAGCUCUCAAGCUGGACACUUGCGAUGUUUACACGAAUUUGUGGAGGCACAAGCACGUCAUUAUGCACAGUGUCAUGCAACUAUGCAAGAAUUGCAGCGUGAGCUUGCUGGGGCACGUCAGCCGAGUCCUUUGCUAAGAGUCAACAGCGAGGAAGUGAUCGAGCUAACACCCUCACCCACUUCAUCCCAAAAUCUGCCUAUAAAUAAUUCUCUUGCUGAUUCAACCUUAUCUGGGGGUCCUUAUCACUCGACCACCUCAACAAAUCCUACUGCACAAGUGGAAAAUGGUCAAGAUCGUGCAAGAGUAGUCUGUGACUAUGAUGCUAGGGAUUCAACCGAGCUUAGUGUCAUGCAAGAUGAGGUAAUUUCCAUUAUUGAAAUCCCUGGAGAUGAAGAUUAUUUAAUUGGUAUAAGAGGCAAUCAGCGAGGGAAAGUUCCUAAGGCAUAUCUAGAAACUAUUCUCAGUUAUUAACAUAAAAUCAAAAUUAAUUAUUUUCAACUGCCUUAGAGAUAUUCCAUAGAAAAUUUACAUAUAUAUCUACAUAAAAUUUACAAUAGCAGUUCAAAAAAUUCUUAAGAGUUGUAAUUUUAGUAAAUUAAAAUAAUAUAACAGUUCAAUUACAUAAAACUAUUAAUAAAUUAUUCUUAUUAUAGUAGCAAUUGCUGGAAAUUUUGUGUGCCUUUGCAAAAUGAUGUUAACAAACGAAUUGUUCAAUCGCAAUAUAAAGUUGUCUAUAGAAUUUUAUCAAAUCUGUAUUUACAUAUGUUAAUGGAAUUAAAAUCCACUUAAAUAAUA